CGAAUUGCGUCGCAUCUAAGGAAAGACGGUGCACCAAAAUAACCGUGCAGCCAAGCUGGUUUGUUCAACGCCAAGUCGUUCAUUUUCAUUGCCUGUGAAAAAUUUCACUCGUUUCCCGAUCUAAAACCAAAAUCUCCCUCAUUGUGAUUCGCGGCGAACAAAUCAUUAGUAGAAAGAGCAGAAAAUGGGGACGGAAGAUGUUCCUUUGGACGACAAGGCGAAGAGAAUGAGAGAUCUGCUGUCGAGCUUCUACUCUCCAGAUCCUUCUUCGACAAACGACGCUUCUUCAAACCACGGCAGCUUAGACGCUAUCGACACCACUUCUUUCGAUGCCGAUCAGUACAUGAACCUCCUGAUACGGAAGUCGAAUUUGGAAGCGCUUCUUCAGAGGCAUGUUGAAAUGGCAGCUGAAAUUAAGAAUAUCGAUACCGACUUGCAAAUGCUGGUUUACGAGAAUUACAACAAGUUCAUCAGUGCCACGGAUGCAAUUAAACGGAUGAAAAGUAAUAUUGUAGGCAUGGAAACAAAUAUGGAUCAUCUGCUUGACAAGAUAAUGUCAGUGCAAUCUAAAAGUGAUGGGGUCAACACUUCUCUUUUUGAAAAGAGAGAACAUAUAGAGAAGUUGCACCGGACACGUAAUCUUCUGCGUAAAGUUCAGUUCAUUUAUGAUCUGCCCGUUAGACUUGAAAAGUGCAUCAAGUCAGAAGCAUAUGCUGAUGCUGUCAAGUUCUACACUGGAGCAAUGCCAAUUUUUAAGGCUUAUGGAGAUUCGUCAUUUCAGGACUGUAAACAAGCAUCUGAAGAAGCGAUUGCUAUAAUAGUUAAAAACUUGCAGGGAAAGCUGUUUUCAGACUCUGAAUCCAUUCAAGCUAGAGCUGAAGCUGCAGUGCUUUUGAAGCAGUUGGAUUUUCCGGUGGAUAGCUUACAGGCAAAACUGCUUGAAAAGUUAAAGGAGUCUCUUGGAGACCUUCAGCUUAAACCAGAUGAAAUUGAGAAUGUUUCUGUGGAGUCUAAUGAUCCUAAACAGGGAGAAGUGUCAGACUCAAUUCCUAUUGCAGCUCAUGAGGGUUCUGUCCUUGGGUUUGCGGAGGCUAUCCGUGCUUAUCGAGUAAUAUUUCCUGACUCAGAGGGGCAACUAACUAAACUUGCUCAAGACUUGGUUGUCAAGCACUUUGAAACUACUCAGCAGUAUGUCAAGGGACUGAUUUCUUCUGGCAGUCUCCUGGGUGUUCUUCGGAUUAUUUGGACAGAUGUGCUUCUAAUGGAUGAAGUGUUAAGUGAGGCUGUUCUACCUGGUUUCUCUCUGGAGGCUGCCCAAGUUGCUCUUAAACAGUAUGUUGCCAGCACGUUUAGUUACCUUCUAGGCGACAUAUCAGAUGCCCUUCUGAGAGUAAAUGUUAGUUCAAAAGAGGCAGCAGAGGAGCUCCCCUUGCAGGUUGCUUUGGAAGCCAGCAAAAAAGCUGUGCUCCAGGGCAGCAUGGAUGUCUUACUGGAUUUCCGCAAACUUCUUGAUGAUGACUUAGGGCUGCUAGUUCAAUUGAGAGAUUUCAUAAUUGAUUGGGUUCAAGAAGGAUUUCAGGACUUCUUCAGGGCUCUUGAUGAUCGUUUUCUCUUACUUUCGGGAAGAAAGAGUUCAUCCAGUCAAGAUCAAGAUUUAACUGGAGCACACGGCGAAAAAGUUCUUGCUGGUCUUGUCCUGGUGUUGGCUCAACUUUCCGUUUUCAUUGAACAAACUGCUGUCCCAAGAAUAACCGAGGAAAUAGCUGCUUCCUUUUCUGGUGGUGGUGGUCGAGGCUAUGAAAAUGGACCUGCUUUUGUUCCUGGGGAGAUAUGUCGAAUAUUUCGGUCAGCUGGUGAAAAGCUUUUGCUUCAUUAUACAAAAAUGAGAACUCAGAAGGUAUCUACUCUGCUAAGAAAGCGGUUUACAACACCAAACUGGGUCAAGCACAAGGAACCUAGAGAAGUUCAUAUGUUCGUUGAUUUGUUUCUUCAAGAGUUGAAGGAAAUAGGAAGUGAGGUGAGGCAGAUUUUACCUCAAGGGCUCUCGCGUAAGCACCGGCGCUCUGACAGCAAUGGAAGCACUGCCUCAUCCCGGAGUAACCAAUUACGAGAUGAUAAAAUGACUAGGUCAAAUACACAGAGAGCCAGGAGCCAGCUUUUAGAAACACAUCUAGCAAAAUUGUUCAAACAAAAAGUUGAAAUUUUUACAAAAGUUGAAUAUACACAGGAGUCCGUUGUAACAACUAUAGUAAAACUUUGCCUUAAAAGCUUGCAAGAAUUUGCCAGACUCCAGACCUUUAAUCGAAGUGGUUUCCAGCAAAUUCAACUGGAUAUUCAAUUCUUAAGGACUCCUUUGAAGGAAACUGUUGAAGACGAAGCGGCGAUUGAUUUCUUACUUGACGAGGUGAUUGUUGCAGCAUCAGAGCGUUGUCUUGACCCGAUUCCUCUCGAGCCUCCAAUUUUGGACAGACUCAUACAAGCUAAGUUAGCAAAAUGGAAGGAACAGAAUCCAGUUACACCCUAGAAGUUGAAAACUAAAAGUGGUACGAAUGGCCCUGCUUUAUUGUUGCUUGGAUUGUAAUCUUUUGAUGUGAUUCAAUGGUGGAAAGGAAAAUUUCGUAUCUGAUCCUGACGUGAUUCAUGUUCAAGUUGCUACCGCUCACAUCUUGGCAUACACCGAGUCGGCGUUUAUAAUCAGAUGAUCUAAUUCAACCUUAGGGUUUCUGAUUUGUAUGACUUAGAAAAAAUCAUUUUGGAAUGAGUCAUAGCUCGUGUACAACGAACUCUUCAUAGCCCUUCUUUGUCCAAAAAAAAAAAAAUUCCAUUUACUAUCCUUGAAAAGUACCUUGUGGUCAUGGAUAUCUCACAUACAUUAAAAUGAUUACGUCCCCAUGCAUGUUCUUGCUUCCCUCA